CGUCUUCUUCGUUUAGCGGUUCUCUUUCUUCAGAUCGAAACGCCAAAACUCAAUCUUUGAUUUCAAUUUCACCACAUUGCAAUCCAUCUCCUCCUCAAUCCACAGUUCUGCACCCCCUCCUCUGAACCUCCUCUGUUCUUGAAUUCGAUCAAAGAACAGCCUUCGAAGCUGCUAAAACGUCUGGUAUCGAUGAAUCUCUUUUGAUGAGUAGUGAUAAUGAUGAAGAUCCCAUGAAUAUCUUCCCGUUAACUUCGAAAUGAGCCGCUCUCCAUCCUUCUCGGUGAAGCCCGAGCUCACUAUAAAACCCGAUCUCGACUCUCUAUCGAAAUGGAUCCACUCCUUCUGCAUAAUGAGAUUCGACCUAGAACAAGGCCAAAUCCUAGAAGAAUCCUACCCACCGGACUCCCUCUCCCAACAAGAAGAGAUCCAAGUCUCCUUCAACUCCUUCCCCGACUCCGUCUCCCAAAAACAACACAACAACCGCUCCAGCAUCCACGACUGCAUCUUCUUCUUCCGCUUCCUCAACAACAACAACACCUACCUAUACGGUUACGUGUUCAACAGACAGAGACACGACGAGAGACUAAAACGAGGAGGCGAGCAGAAGUCCGUCGUCAUACUCUCCCACACACCUUACUCCUCCGUCUUCAGACCGUUACUACAAAUCAUCGGUCCUCUCUACUUCGACGUCGGGAACAAAGCCAUAGAGCACGUCGCCGGCUUCGUCUCUCUAUGGCCUCCCCCCGUCCCAGGGAAGCUCAUGGAGCUUCCCAUCGGUAACGCAACGCUCAAAGUCAACUUACCUCCUCCUCACAGCCUUCCUCUGGAGAAGGAAGGUGUGUUGUACUACCACGAGGAGUCCGCUUCCUCAAUGGCUCCUCUCCUUCCCACGAACCAAUCUGUUCCUCAAGGUCUCUUCCACGACGCCGAUCUCUUCGGGGUUUACAGAGGGUUGUUGUUGCAGUUAUGGACGUUAUGGGAGCUGCUGCUGAUCGGUGAGCCGAUUCUCAUCAUAGCGCCGACCCCGCCGCAGUGUUCGGAGGCGGUUGCUUGUCUUGUGAGUCUUGUUGCGCCGUUGUUCUGCAGUGUUGAUUUUAGACCGUAUUUCACUAUACAUGAUCCGGGCUUCGCUAGGUUGAACUCUCUCCGGGAAGGAGAGGCUUUCCCUCCUAUGGUGUUGGGUGUGACUAAUCUCUUUUUCCUCAAGGCGCUUCGUAGUAUGCCUCAUGUUGUCUCCGUUGGAACGCCUUCUCUGAACUCGAACCGCGUGCCGUUUUCUAGCAGGUCUUCCGCUGGGAGAUUAUCCGGUGGUGGUAAGUCUGAAGCGUUUGGAAGAUUCUCUCCUACGAACUUGCUGAACGCGGUGAAGCUUAGGAGAGAUGGACCUCUGUGUCUUAUGACGGAGCACAAGGAAGCUCUCUGGACGAGUUACUCGGCGGUGACGAAGCCGGAUACUUCGGUUUUGAAUAGGCUUGUGGAUGCUGGGAUGUCUCCUAGAGUUGAGGAGUCGAUGUCGGUUGUGAAUAAUGAGAUUCUGAGACGGCAUUUCUUGGAGUUGACUACCAACUUCUUGGCUCCUUUUGGUCCUUAUUUUCAGGUUAACGCUCCUUCUGAUGGCACUUCCCCUUAUGUCGCCCCCCCUGCGCUUCCUUCUUUCGGUGCUGAUGAGUUUCUUUCGAACUUAUCCGCGAGAGGUGUUGGCAAGUUCUUGUCUAAACGCAUGAAAUCAAACUGGCCUGACUUGUAUAGGCGGUUUUUACAAGGGCCUAAUUUUGUUCCCUGGUUCCAAAGACGGCGUGCGGUUGCUGAGCAAGAACAGCGUAGGUUAUGGAAGCUGGCUAGAAUGAGGACUGAUAUGCGGCUGAUUACAUGUCAGAUGAAUGAACUGGAAGCUGUGGACUCCUUUGAUGCCAUUGAGAAGUACAUUAAUGAGGAAGUCAAGUUGAGGGAAUCAGGAGGAGGAGAUGCAGAUUCAGAAGCAAGUUUUGAGAAACUGAAGAAGGAUUUACAGGCGGUGUUUAGUGUACUGCCAAGGGAUAUGCAGGAGCUUUUGCUCUCAAAUCCGCAAAGAGCAUCACUACUUCAAGAUCCAUCAGAGCUCCAAUGAUUCAUCUUUUUUUUCACUAGGGAUUAUGAUGUCAUUCUCUUAUGUUCUGUUUCAUUCUUUUUAACUGUCAAAAGAAAAAUUUUCAUCUUCCCUAAUUGUUUCUUAGUUUUUUCUA